AUGACUUCGAGUCUUCACACAUUUUCUGGCAUGAUUGCCUUCUUUAUUGUACUUGCUUUUCUUUGCAAACCUACCCAUGCAUUCGGAGCUGGCAAUGUUCCCGAUAAUUUGAGCAUGAACACCAGCGUCUGGAAGCAUGGCGACAUUGGAGAUGUCUUGAAGCUUCUACCAAUUAGCUUCCUAACCAAAUAUGGCUUUACCGACCUGGACAUUCUCCGAGUUUACUUUGGCAACUGGCUCAGAGACUAUAGUCAAGUCAUUGAUAUCAUGCCUCUUGGAAAGGCUAAGGAACCAGCUUUAAGGGCAAUUGGUUACGCCGAAAAUAAGCAGGGAAAAUAUCUGAACGAUGCCACUAUAGACAACCUGGACCCGCGCCUACGUCGGGAGGUUCUUCCAAAGGAGCUCGAAAUUGAUGCCAAGACAGGAAUGAAGAACUAUAUUGCAAAUGAAACCAUAGGAAUCAACACCUCAGCGAGCUACAUCCGACGCAAAAUCCAGGAGUGCGUCAACCAUGGACGUAUCGCUCGUCGCGAUGGCAAUGAGUCGCGGCGCCACGAAGCUCUCAUUUGCUUAGGUGCACUCCUCCAUACUCUAGAGGAUUUCUCGGCGCAUAGCAACUAUGUGGAGCUUGUUUUGCAUUGCAUCGGAGAGAAAGACAUAUUUGCCUGCGUUGGCAACAAGUCCAGGAUCACCAUCCCGAGCACCACCCAAGAGGUUGCGCCCCUUGUUACGGGAACUUUCGGGUCGCUUGAUGUUUUCCAAAGUAUUAUAGGAGAGCUUGAUGAUAAAGCUGCGAUGAAGAGUGAAGGCGAAUUGGAUGCAUUAGACAAUAUCCUAGCCGCUGCCCCAAACUUUAGCGAAGUGGCUGCGGGAAUAGCCAGCGCUUUGCAAUACGUCGUCAUGCUAAUCCCAGGCGGAGGAAGCCUGAAGACCGACCUUCAGACGAUUCUCAAGACGGUUCAAUCGGCUGAAAGUGACAACUCGGGCAAAGACGCAAUCGACAUUGACACCAACGAUAUCUGGACUGCCAUCGAGCCCAUCUUUUCAUUCCAAGGAAAGAUCAAGAGAUUCUUGAUCGAGAGCAAGGAACACCCCCAGAUUAGCCUUAUUACGAAGACCCUGGACAAGGUCGGCGAGCUCAUUGACAAGCUGGUCUAUUCUGCACUUGCUAUUCUCAUCGAACCUGCUAUCCAACGGGUCCGGGAAGCUAUCAAGGACGGAAAGGAGACGAUUGAAGAAGUUGAUCGACAGAAUAAGAAUUAUGUCAAUAUCUUCGCGCCUGGAUCCACAGAUUCUGAUCCCAGUCACUCGAUUCUCGCCAAGGAUCAUUUCAGCAAUUACUUAAACCCUGUCGCCGGCCGUGUCGCCACUGCGACUACAAACUGGGCUACCCAGAGAAUUGUCGAGUGCUGGGACUCUGACGACGAUGCCAUCGUUGCCAAGAAUACCGAGUCAAUUCUGAAGAUUCUUCACCACCCAGCCUUUGCUGCUUCUUCGGAGCAAACUUUCAUCCAGAGGACAAUGUAUGAAAUUGUUGAAUGCUGGUGGAACGAGCGUACCCCUUCGCAACAAAGCACCCUUCGAGCCCACCUGGGCAAAGAGGGCAUUCAUGCCAAUGCCGACGGUCACCACCAUGGUGAUAACAAUCCUGUUGAUGCGACAAGACAAUUUGCCGGCAAGAAGGGAUUUGCAGCUGAUUGGACUGGUGCCCGGCCAACAUUGGUUGAGCGGCCUACAAAGGACAUCUUUGACGAUGUCACGAAGAUCUUCAAUGAACUUGGCGAGACUUUGGAUAAGACCGGAAAAAUGUUAGAAGAAGGAGCAGUUGAAGCUGCGGAGUUGAUUAGCAAGGGACUUGGUGCUGCUGGUGAUGCCAUCAGCGAGACAGUGGACGAUGUUGGUAAAGGUCUCAAGCGAGGGUUUGAUGAGGUAGCCAGCACUGCCGAAGAGAUCGCCGAGGAAGCCGCGCGAGGUGGGAAGAAAAUCUUCGACGAAGCUACCAGAGCUGGCGAGCAGUUACUGGACGAUGUGGAGGAGACCUUUAACGAUGGUGUUCGCGCAGUGGAGGAGACUGUUGACGAUGUUGCCCAUGCGGCUGAAGAAGUCUUUUCGGAUGCUGAAAGUUUUGUCGAGAAAGGGGUUGAAGACAUAAUUGAGACGGGCGGUGAAAUCGUCAAGGAUGUUGGAAACUUCGCCGACGAGGCUGUUAGCUCUGUAGGGCGGGAGAUGGAGGACUUUGGCAGAAAGACGGAGGAAGUCUUUAGCGAUGUUGGAAGAGCAUUAACAAGUUGGUGGUAG